AUGUCAAGACCAAGUUGGGAUUCACCUUACAGUAGCAAUAGAUCAUCGUCGUCAUCGUCGCUACUGAACAAUAAUAAUAAUAAUAGUAAUAGUAAUACAAGUAAUGGAGGUGGAAGUGGAGGCACGCCUGUGCCAUCUGCAGAUAGUAUAAGAAAAGAAAUUAGAAGCUUAGAGGUAGACGUGGACACAAAGCUCAGUCAUCUAUCGACGCUAAACGAUAAAGUACUCAGAGAAAACUCAAACUCUACAUCAGAGGUUGAGGAUUGUAGAAUAGAAUUUGAUAUGUUGAUAGAAGAUUUGGAAAAUAUAUUUAAAAAGUUAAAACAAGGAAAUGAAUCAUUACAAAGAGAACCAAACAUUAGUUCAUCAAUGUUACAACAUCAUAGAGAUAAAUUGGAAGAUUUCUCAAAGGAAUAUUGGAAGUUUAAGAAAAGUAUUAAUUUUGCAUUAGAGAGCGCUGAAUUACUCUCAGGAUCAACGUAUAAUAAAAAGGGUGACGUAGAAAUACCAAUGGGCAAUCUAAUAAGAGAACAAGGUUCAUUACAAAGUUCUCAUUCCGUUGCUGAUUCAAUUUUAGGACAAGCAAGACAAGCACAUGAAGCACUUGAAAAUCAAAGAAGAAUAUUAAGAGGAACAAAUCAUAAAAUUAAUCAAAUGCCAAAUUUAUUUCAAACUGUUGAUGGAGUAAUGUCAAAGAUUAAAAGAAUGAAAAAUAGAAAUUUAGUGGUACUUGGAACAUUGAUAGGACUUUUUUUAAAAAUUAAUAAUAUUAAUAUAUAUGUCCAAAUAAACAUAUUCCAAAAAAGAGAGGAGUUCCUACAUUGUUUUGUGACAUAA